AUGAAUUUAUUAGGUAAAUUAGCAUUUCGGCUUCCAAAGAUAUCAUUUACAAAUCAAAUGUUAUUUCCAUUUAGUUCUUUACAUACAUCUUCAACAUUAUACAAUUCCAUCCCCAAAUCUUCUCCCUCUCAAUUAAAUGAUGAUGAACCUCCAAAAUCUGAUACGAUCGUUCCAACUUCACUAUCUUCGGCAUUUAAAAAUAUGUAUGAUGAUUCGGCAAUCCUUUCCUCUCAAGCGAUUUCGAGAUUAACCAGGAAUGGUUUUAUAACUAGAGAUGAAAUUGAGGUAAAAGGUCCUGUAAUUUUAGUAAAUGGUGAUAUAUUUAUGUGGAAUGUACCACAAGGUCAAGGAUAUGGUCAGGGUAUUAAUAGAAAAGGUGGUGUAUUUGAUAAUUGGAUCGUUGACUUCUUAAAAUUAUUCGAGGUUAUAACACCAAAACCUGAUUUAUUGGUAUUUGGAACCGGAAAAUCAUUUGUUCCAAUACCAUCAAAUAUCAAACAAUACAUUAAUGAUUUGGGAAUGCAAACUGAAGUUAUAGAUACGAAAAAUGCUGUGGCUACAUUUAAUGUUUUAGCUGAAGAAGGAAGAAAUGUUGCAGCUGCAUUAUUACCAUUAACUCCAACUUGUUCUCGCACUGGGAAAGCCUUUUAA